CAGGUUGUAAGGGUGUCUGAAAAUUUUGGUAGUUCUAAAGUCCAAAAAGGUUGACUACAAAUUCAUUGCAUUCUAUAUUUAAGCCCUUAUUUUUGUAUUACCCUAUGUGUAAUAAAUCAACAGCCCAAGAUAUUAAUUAAUGGUAUCAUUCGUUUAGUAAUUAAUACUUGGGCAUACAUUUAACUUUUUUGCCUCUUGUGAGGAAACGCAUCCUUAGGCCGGUUGGUACGAGAGAAACUAUUUUUUUCAGACUGGAGUUGAAAACUAAUCUGAGGACGUGAGUUCUUCGAACCUCACCUUAGAAAGCAACAGACUGAACUGACUGAACUUUUGGGUUGAGAACAUGUUACAUUUCAGUAGUGGCACGAAAGCCUACCAAAGCAAACCGAAUAAAGAAGAAUCUAUCAUCUGUGUACAGUGUUAAAGUAGAUGGGAAAGAUUUUGUCGAAAAUCGGGAGUAGUUCUUGACACUAUUGUGAUUAUAUAAAAUACGUAUUAACAUUUAUUUUUUGGUGCAUUUAAAAACAAAUCCAUUUUUCAUGUAAACACAAAGCAUGAGCAAGAAUUUAACAUAGAUUUACCUGUACAAAUCAUGUAACAAAAACUGCAAAUUACUAACUGCCAGACUAAUAUUAAAAUGAACAAAUAAAAUGGUUACUAUACAAGAAUUAGGUUUAAAAAAAUACAAAAUGAUGUACAACAAGUUAUCUUUAAUAAUACCUGACUUUUCUGUGUGAUUUACAUUUUGAUUAAACAUUUGUUAACAUGGGAGACACCGACUGCACGACGAAUCUUGGUCAAAAGAGUCCGAAACGACAGGGUUCAUCUGACGGUGUGAUAAUUAAAGAGGAGGUGACCUCUAGUCCUCCUGCCUCCCCCACGCAAACCGUUCUCCGUGGUGAUGGUGGGGACUCCCCGGAAGGACACAGAGGCAACAUUCGCCUCAGGUGCUUACAAACGUUGAUGGUGCCAGUGAAUGGUGGCGAAACUGAAGGACCACCUUCCUCCACUGCCCUUGUCCCCAUGUCUGUCAGCCAUGCACCAACGCCAGCCCAGGGUUUGUCUCGCUGGAGGGAGUGGCGACACCAAUGUCGAGGGAGAAGCAUUCGAGAUAAGCUGCUAUUUGCUUUGGAACAUGAAAGUUUCUACAAGGAUGUUACCCUUAUCGUGGGGAAGGACGCAAUAGAAAGAAUCUCAGCACAUAAACUUAUCCUCAGACUCGGUUCGGCUGUCUUUGAGAACAUUAUGGAAGGGUUGACCGGAUCUUCAGACGUGAGAACGGCCGACCCUGAAACAAUUACAGAUGUCCUCGAGAUCCCUGAAGUAGAGCCACAGCCAUUUAGGCGUAUCUUACAUUUUAUGUACACUGACCACUUUAGUACGGAGGGUUUAAAAUGUUCCGAAAUCGCAGCGAUACUCCACGCAAGUAGAAGAUUUCAAAUACAGGAUCUCGUCGUUUUGUGUAUUCAAGCUUUAAAGACCCACAUAAAUGAUGACACUGCUGUCUCCUUGUGUGAAAUGGGAAAAGAUGUAGACGAUUUGGAACUUCGCGAUAAAGCAAUUGCGUACAUGUGCAGGAACCCAAAGAAAAUUUUUUACUCCUCAAAUUUUAUGGAUCUCAGCUAUAAAAAUAUGGUACUCCUCAUAGAGCAUGAUGACUUGGAAUGGGAUGAAAUUUCCAUAUUUAAGUCUGUUUUAAGAUGGGCUGACGAGUUUUGUAGAAGGCGUGGCCUUCAACCUGUGGCCAACAACUUAAGAGGAGCUCUAGGAGAAAUUAUCUACAGAAUCCGCUUUCCCUUAAUGACACCUGAACAGUUUACGUUUGAGAUUAUCCCACUAAAGGUGCUCACAUCAGAGGAGCAAGUGCAAGUUUUUAAAUAUUUGUGUUUAACGGACACCUCAGCAAGAGAACUAUUGGAACCAACGUCAUUCAACUGCAGGAGACGUUCUUAUGAUUUAAACAGAAUAAAUUCCAAGGAGGAUUCCGUUAUAAUGAAAAUUAAAAAUGAGAGUCCGAAUUGUCAACCUGUACUGGCAUCUACCUCAACAGAUUUUACUGAGGUCGAAAGUGAAGACACAAGUUCUCAGGUUUCCUCUUGCCUCUCUUCUACCUUGAGCACAUCAAUACUAAGCAAGAGACAUCGGUCGCCGCCAUCACCACUUCAUUCUCCGACAUCAAAAAAGCGACAUUCAUCUCUUUUUGGCGAUGUCAUUCCAAGAAACAAGGACAAACUUACAAAGCGUAAAUCGGUUGAACUAGAAAAUACAAUAGAAAUAGAGAAUGGAGAAAUUGAACUUAACCAGUUUAUUGAAGAAUGUAACGGCAAUCCUCGUAGAAAAGAAAUUGAAUCGAUUAAACUUUGUGGAGUAAGUUUAAUCGAUUAUGACCGUCUUCAAGGAAAAAAAGUGAGACUUCCCAAACUGAAAGACUUUCAGUUUGACAUUAAAAUACCAUCUCUUAAACACAAAGAUAUUAACAAUCUUGCUAGUGAGAUUAGUCUAGAAGAUUAUCUAUUCUUUACAAUCAAAGUAGGGAAAAAGUGGCAAUUUUCAGACAUAUGGUCUCUGGGGGUCAACAUAUUGUUUACCAUCAAUGGGAUCACCCUGCUCAAGGUUGAUCACGCUAAAAAAUUGGUGAUUCUUAAUAACUUUAGAGCUUUGGAUAAGGUAUUGGAAAGCUUCGAGGAUGACACAUUUGUGAAAAGUCUCAUAAUCUCCUAUCCAUCAUUCCCAGGAAAUAUUAAUUCAUUCCCAGCCCACCUGGAUAGACUGGUGCUACUUAGAAUAGAUAAAAUUCCUGAAUUUAAUGUAUUUAUUCGUAAAUUUAGGCGUUUAAAGGAACUGUGUAUUUUGUCGCAAGACAUGAAAAUAAUGGACCUGAGUAAGGAUUUGGUAUCAAAAGAUCGAUUAAGGAAAGUCGCUCUUGGAACAGCAAACUUUAAAACCACUGCUGUUGCUGCAUUUAAAAAUCUGGAGCAUCUCUUCUUGUUUAGAUGUGACUGGGACAAUGAUAACUUAUUCGAGGACAACUUUCCAUCAUUUUUCCCAAGCCUUAAAAAGGUGUGCUUUUUUGGACACAAAGUGAGUUCAAAAUUGCUGUCCAAGGUGCUGCAAAUAAAAUCCAUUGUAGAAAUUGGAUGUGGGUGGCUUGAGUGGGACUCGUCACCAGAUGGUGAAGAGAUUCGUUCCUCAAUCGAUAUUUUAACGUCAGCCGGAUUGACGGAAGGUGACAAAAGUUUUGUCCUUACAAAGGACGUGGCUUCUGGGGAUGGCAAAUGGGUUGCUAGGAAAGGGGGGUUGGACCUUUCACAAGAGGAGAUUUUCAAAAGUUUUCAGUUCUACCAUUUAUACUCAGAUUAUGCCUUGUUUCGGAGUUAGCUCUUUCAUUAUCGUGAAACUUGUAUGUUGACAUACAUUUUAACAGACUGAGAUACAUGCAUAAUUUUUAAUUUUGAUGCAUAAUUUUUAGCAUACCUGCAGAUAUUUAUUUAUAUUAAUAAAAUAUGUAUCCCAUAAACGAAAUGUGGUGAUCACUUUGGUGUUAAAUAUAACUACUUAUUAUUGAUAUACGUGAAAAUAAAGUGAAAAAAUGCACGAACCA